AACUCAUCGACGGUUAAAAUAUUUAUCUCCGUUCUUUCAAAAUCAACGCUAACGACGGUUCUAUUCAUAUUAAAUUUUUAUAAAUUUUGUGAAAAGUUCUAAUGCAAAAUUAAUUUAUAAUAAAUUUAUUCAGCACAUAAAACUUUGUAACGAAUUAAUGAACUGAAAAUGGAUAACGCAGCGUUCAUGGAAAGCUGGAACAGCAUAAUACCACAGAAAAUAAAACUUGCCGAUCUGGAGCAUCCAACGGAAUCGUUCAUGUGCCGAUGUUUGGUGAGCUUUUUCCGGAUGAUGAAGUACGACGUAUCGGAGUUUGAUCAGAUGUACAACGAGUCCAAAGAGUCUACUAUGAGAAAAAGGGUGGCGAUUGUGGCUAACACCAAUCAUUUCUAUCAACUAUGCAUGGGAUCAAAGCAGCGUAACUUUCUUUACGUUGAUCUCAUAAAACCAUCUCCCAAGAAAACAGUUCAUGUGUUGAACAUCUUACUAAACUAUCUGUUUUACAUAAACAUGGUUCGAGACCAAACGGUCGAGAAAGCUACACAGUGUACGGCCAAGUACCACGAAUUGGAGAUAAACAUCAACCAACAGAAGCGAGAAAUAGAGAAUCACAAAAUCAAAAUCAAUAACGUCGAACAAAACAUCAGCAAAAUGCGUCACCAACUGCCACAGCUGGAAACCGAAAAUGAGAAGCUCAGAGAGACGAAGCAGCAACUGCUGGUCAAGAUCAGUACCUUCAAGGCGGCGGAUAGUGAUUUUGCUGAAAAAAUCACCAAACUAAAAAUGGACUAUGCGAUGCUGCAGGAUCGGCGGGUGGACGAUGAGGAAGCUGCCACUUUGAUACGGAAAAACGAAGAACUUGAAGCGGAAAUCGAAGAGUGCGAGAAGCAGGAAAAGGCACUGCAGACGGCCAAUUCGGAGUAUGCUACUCUCAUUAGCCAGAUCAAGCCAUGCAUAUUUGCUGCGGAAGAGAUCCUACAAAAUGUGCACGAUGAUUCUUUGAUGAACCUUAAAAAUCAAGUGGAUGCAUUGCGAUUAAACUGCAGCAAGCUGGAAACGGAUUACGCGAGGAAAACGACUACCCUCCAGGCUCUGCAGAAAAACUGUGAAGCAGUUCGGGAUUAUGUGAACGAAAUGGAAAAACAGCUCUCCGUGGGGCACAAAACGAAGCGAAAAACUGAACGGCAAACAAUAAGCGAUCUCGGUAAGCAGCAAAUACGGCUGGACGAACUGCACGAACAAAAUAACGAUAACCUGGAGCAGAUUAAGGUACUGAAAGAGGAAAUCCUGCUGAUAAUGCAGAUGGCCGAACAAGCGAAGACCUUUCUGAUGCGAGAUCCAGUUCAUCUAAGAAAGUGAUCUGUCUAGAGUUAUCGUUGCCCUGUAUCCAGUAUUACUAAGUCUCUACUCUUUGUUGAAAGAUUUUUUU